AUGGAUGCAGGGGCGACGGUUAACAAGCUCUUUGCACUAUUCAGCGAGCCGACUGUGUUUGAUAUCUUUGUCGAUGGGAUGCAAAUGGAACUGUCCCUGUGGGACACUGCUGGACAGGAAGAAUUCGACCGCCUGCGCGCCCUUUCCUACGAUGAUACUCAGGUCAUAAUGCUUUGCUUCAGCGUUGAUAGUCCAAACUCCCUGGAAAACGUUCAGUCGAAAUGGGUUUCCGAAAUCGCGGAGAAUUGCCCACUCGCUAAGAUUGUUCUUGUUGCCCUCAAAUGCGAUCUCCGGGAAGAGGUCGACGAGAAGGACAAUGCAGAAGAGACUGGAGACUCUCAAGCCUUGGUGACAUAUAGUCAAGGCCUCGAGGUGGCGAAGCGUAUUGGAGCGUUGAGAUAUUUAGAGUGUUCUGCAAUGCGAAACCGAGGUGUAAAUGAGGCAUUCACGGAAGCAUCCAGAGUCGCCAUCACUGUUCGCCCAGCAAAGUCAGAUAACGGCCCAAAAUGCGUGAUCCAGUGA